UGGCAAAAGAAAAGUAAAUUUCAGUGAGUGAAACGAGUGAAACCAUGAGUGAAACCGGUGGUACAGUGCAUAAAUGAUAUAAUUAUAAAUGUUUGUAACAAUAAAGCAGAGAUUUCAACUAAUUAACGUAAUAGUGUGGCUAUUUUAACCCACUAUUUUCGCUAAUAGGGUAAAAUUCUCCUGAAUCCUAGUUUGUCAGCUGAUAUUUAAAAGUUGAUAUUCACAGAUCUUGAACUCCUCGAAGUAAAUCCACAAUCUACGUGAUCAUAGGUAUCGAAUGUUCAAACACGAGUUCAAAAAGUAAAAAAUAUAGAAAAUGAAUCCUGUAAAACGAGUGCUGAAAGAGGGACUUUCUUUGUAAAGCAAUCCCGUAAAUAACUAAAACAAAAAAAAGUGAGGUUAGGUUUUAUAACCUGUACAAAAUAUUUUCUGGCGAAUUACUUAUGAUGAUAAGUUUAUAUUAAUUGUCACCAAUUUACUGUUGAUUUAAUUCAAGUACUUCUGAAGAGUUGAGCAAGUUCAUUUAGGUAUCUUUAUCUAUAUAUUUUAUUUGAGGACUGACAAGACAAUUGAAAAAAUGUCUGGACUUUUGACAAAUACGUUGUCAAUUAUUGGCAAAAGUAUACAGAGCAGACCCGGUUAUGUUCUGGCUGCAAGUCAAGUGGAUCUCGUGAGAAACAUCUCAAAACACUGGAAUCCAAAGUUUAAAAAAGAGCGAAAGGCCAAAGUAAUCAAAGUUGAUCUUCCCGAUUCGAGAAAUGAAGACGAAAUAACGGAGGACGAAAGACGUUCCAUGAUGAAAAAACGAGGACUUUAUCCUCCCCGACCUUGGAUGGAAACAGGCUUCGUCCUUGCCUGCACCGGUGCCAUUUUCGAAGCCUACGUCCCUCCCGAGGGAGACGGCAAAUUUUCACCCGUCACGGCAACUGGGAUGAAACAAAAUGUGCUCGCUAUAGGAAAGAAAACGACUUCUAUGAUGGCCAUCAGAAAAAUAAAGAGCUACGUCGAUGAUUUUAACGCGAAAGAUUUUGCUGACGAAGCAAGGGAUAUUUACAUUAAAGCGCACAAAGCUUUGGCCGAGAAAGAUUUUGAGAAUCUCAGAGAUUACGUCACAGAAAAAGUUUAUUCUGAAAUGAAGCACAAUAUUAGCAAUAAACAAAUUCGGUGGACGUUUAUUGAAUCUCUGGAACCAGCCCGAAUUGUUCGUGCUCGAAAUACAAGUAUCAGUAGUAAAGAUAAUCCAUACGGUCAGCUCACGGUUCGAUUCCAUACUAAACAGACGUUAGCGAUUUACGAUCGAUUUGGACGUUUGAUGCAUGGAAGUGAGUUCGUGGCGAAAGAUGUUUUGGAAUAUAUAGUAUUUGAAAGGCAUUUAUCUAAUGAAUAUGGAAAAUGGCGUAUCCACGGGAAGAUUAUUCCGAGUUGGCAAGCUCCUAAAGAACCUACCGCGGUCACAGGAGUCAAACCGGCAGUAAUCGAAGAAGUCCAAAAAACGAGUCAAGAUUCGAAGCUAGAAACGCCCGCAAUUGCAGCUUCAGACGCAAAAUCACAGGAAACGCCGGCAACUAUAUAGUCAACUAUUUUCAUACUUUUUGAUAAAGAAAAGGUACUGUUAGAAAUAAAAAUGUAAAUUGUUUUU